AUGUCUAUCAGGCUAGACAUCAUUCGUUCACUUGCAGAUCCACGAAGGCUAUGCUUCUCCCAGGAGCUUCGUGAAGCUGUUGCCACUUUGAGCGACUUGAAAUUUGAGCGAGUCAAUGGCUGUCCACGCGAGAUGUUCCUGGUCAUGGGAAACGUCAUAGAACACGCCAAGGCGCACGCCGCGGGCAAGUUAGGAACACUAGAGUACAAGCGACUCCUCAAUGCUUGUCGAAAUGAGUUCUACUCAUGGCAUUUGAAGACCGACAGAUAUCCAAACGAUGAUCCCCGCUGGUCUGCAGUUGCCGAGGCAUUCCGUCACGCUUGCAUUCUGCAUACAUCUCGCUUGUUGGAUGUCACCCAACCGGCUGAGGCGCCGAUAAUACAAAAUUCCGUGGUAGCGAUUUUGGACUCCUUGGCAAAAAUUCCCGCAGACUGUCAUCUGAUCGAGUUGGCGGUCAUGCCACUUUUUAUGGCUGGGGCCGAUGCUUUGUCCCCGUACGCUCAGCAUUACGUCCUUUUGCGGUUCGACCAUGUCCGGGCUCAUGGUGGGGUGGGAAACCAUGUGUCGAUUUCUCUGCUUAAGUCUGUUUGGGAUAGUCGAGGUAGACAGGCGAAAAAUGACAGCAGUAAUAUUCCAUGGGUGUUUUUUACUCGCGAUGCGGGAUCGGAGCGACAACAUGACUAUCUUAUUAUAUAA